CUGUGGCGGCAAAUGGGCUUGGGCGGCUCCUUGGCGGGUGGUGGCGGUGGCCGUAGCGGUUCCUUUUGGCCCUGUUAAUGUCGGGGCCAGGCCCGGGGAGGAUGGCGCCCUAGAGCCCGGCCUUGCUGGGGUAGGGGCGGGAGGGGACGGGGUGGGGACCGGCCAUGUCGGAGGUGACCCGAAGUCUGCUGCAGCGCUGGGGCGCCAGUUUUAGGAGAGGCGCCGACUUCGACUCUUGGGGCCAGCUGGUGGAGGCGAUAGACGAGUAUCAGAUAUUAGCAAGACACCUACAAAAAGAGGCCCAAGCUCAACACAAUAAUUCUGAAUUCACGGAAGAACAAAAGAAAACCAUAGGCAAAAUUGCAACAUGCUUGGAAUUACGAAGUGCAGCUUUACAGUCCACACAGUCCCAAGAAGAAUUUAAACUGGAGGAUCUGAAGAAGCUAGAACCAAUCCUAAAGAAUAUUCUUACAUAUAAUAAAGAAUUCCCAUUUGAUGUUCAGCCUGUCCCCUUAAGAAGAAUUUUAGCACCUGGUGAAGAAGAGAAUUUGGAAUUUGAAGAAGAUGAAGAAGAGGGUGGUGCUGGAGCAGGGUCUCCUGAUGCCUUUCCUGCUAGAGUUCCCGCGCAGGGGACUUGCGUUCGAUCCCUGGUCAGGGAACUAAGAUCCCACACGCCGUGGGACAGCUAAGCCCACGCGCCGCAACUACUGAGCCCAUGCGCCACAACUAGAGAGCUCGUGCUGCGACUACAUAGCCCACGCGCUCUGGAGCCCACGCACCGCAACUACUGAGCCUGCACGCUCUGGAAACCGCGCUCCACAACUAGAGAGGAGCCCCUGUGCCGCAGCGAAGACCCGA